CCACCGGCUCCCAGACCGCGGCGGGGCGCGGGCGCUGAGCGGCGGCCUGUCUCGCAGGUCUGGAUGCUGGCGGUCGGCGUUCUGCUGGCGCUGGCGCCGGGCCGGGCCGCGGGCGCCCUGAGGGCGAGCAGACGCCCGGCGCGGCCGCGGGGCUGCGCCGAGCGGCCCGAGGAGCUCCUGGAGCAGCUGUACGGGCGGCUGGCGGCCGGCGUGCUGGGCGCCUUCCACCACACGCUGCAGCUGGGGCCGCGCGAGCAGGCGCGCAACGCGAGCUGCCCGGCAGGGGGCAGGCCCGGCGACCGGCGCUUCCGGCCGCCCACCAACCUGCGCAGCGUGUCGCCGUGGGCCUACAGAAUUUCCUACGACCCUGCCAGGUACCCCAAGUACCUGCCCGAGGCCUACUGCCUGUGCAGGGGCUGCCUGACCGGGCUCUUCGGGGAGGAGGACCUGCGUUUCCGGAGCGCCCCGGUGUACAUGCCCACCGUCAUCCUGCGGCGGACCUCGGCCUGCGCGGGCGGCCGCUGGGUGUACACCGAGGAGUACGUCACCGUGCCCGUGGGCUGCACCUGCGUCCCCGAGCAGGAGAAGGAGGCCGACGCCGUCAACUCCAGCAUGGACAAGCAGGGCGCCAGGCUUCUGCUCGGCCCCGGCGACAAGCCGGGCCGGCCCUGAGGCCCUUGCUGCCCGAGGCCCGC